UAACUUAGUUUAGUUGACAGUGUGCCAAGGUCGGCGGUGGAGGGUGUACGCGCUCGCUGCUGCUCCUGUGUGAGGGGUUUUCUCCGCAACGUUAAUCGACUGUUUGACACUAUCACCGCCACACAACUGUUUGACACUGUUGCUAUAGGCAUUAUAUAUAUAUAAAGCUUCAUAAUGGAGAAGUCUCCUGGUGACGGGGUGAUAAUGGAGCUUUAUAAGGGUCCACUCGCUGACUCUCUGAGCCACGUGUCCAUGUUCAUCAAAGAGUACUUGGAGGUGGGCCACGAACGCACCUUCUUGCCAUCUUUCUACGCAGAUUGGUACUCUAAAUACGCCAGCUUUCCUGUUCAAAAGGAUGACACAUGGGUUGUCACCUAUCCAAAGUCAGGAACCACUUGGGUCCAGGAGCUGGUAUGGUGUCUCAUCAACGACCCAAAAUCUCCUGAAGCAGAACUGGAACUAAUGAAGAGGUUCCCUUUCUUUGAGAUUGAGUCUCUCAUUAGCCCCGACUUUGACAAGUCUCUUUUGAGAGAGGAUGACCCUAUGAAUUCGGGAAACUCAUGGCGCAUCCUGCAAGAAUUACCUGCCCCGAGGAGCAUCAAGUCACACUUGCCGAAGGCACUUCUACCCGAGCAAAUCUGGCAAGUCAAACCCAAGGUGGUGUAUGUCUGUAGGGACCCCCGCGACGUGUGCGUCUCCUACUACUAUCAUCACGUCAAGCUGGAGGGCUACGCUGGAACCUUCAACCAGUUUGUUGAUUUCUUCCUGGCCGACAAAGUUACGUACUCGCCUAUCUGGUCACAUAUUUUAACAUUCUGGAAGAUGCGGCAUGAAGAACACAUCCUCUUCCUCCGAUAUGAAGAUAUGAAAAAGGAUUUGGCUGCUAUAGUGAGGCAGGUAGCAGGUUUCCUGGGGAAGGAAGUGGAUGAGGAGCAGGUUGCCUGGCUGGUUCACCACUGCUCCUUUGGCGAGAUGAGCAAGAACCUGGCGGUCAACAAUGAGACUUUCAUGUCGGCUUCAUCUGAAGCUGCUCAAAAAUUGAAGUUCAUGAGGAAGGGAACGGUAGGAGACUGGAAGAACCACUUGACAGAGGAGCAGCAGAAGGCUUUCCAAGCAUGGACACUGAAGUGCCUCGAGGGCUCAGACUUCCCAUACUAUCAAGAUUAUGACUAAGAUGUACCUAUAUAUUGGCCAGCUGAAAAGAAUCCUUAAAAUAACUUUACACAUGUGAAGGUUAAAGACUUUGUACAGUUAUAGCAAAGGAUUAGUUAGCAAGUAGCCUCAGAAUACUAUAUAUAUUAUGCCAUCUUAUCCAGAAGUUCAGAUCAUAUGAACUUAGAGAAUUCUAAGGGAAAAGAUCAUAUUUAUCAUCUGUGCCUAUUUCACCAGAGGCAAUUUUAAUAUGGAAGUCUAUUGAUUUUAGUGCUGGCACGGUAGUGUUGUACAGUAUAUUGUGAGGAAGGUUUAGUAUGCAAGCAGCGCUUAAAUAUUGCUCUUAAUAAGAUGCCAACAUAAACUGAGCAAGUUGAGGAAUUAUUAGGUUUUGAGAUCUUGAUCAUUUUGGACAUUUGGGCUAUGGAUGUUGCAUGAUUAAUAACUGGGUAAGGACUGUUCUCGGUAAUGCUAAUGUAGCCGUUCUUUACAUCCCCUGUAAUCACGGCUUAUUAAAGGUAUUGAAGGACUGUGUUGUGUGUGCUUUAUUUUGCUACUAAAAGAAGUGCUUGUUUAUGCACGAGCUUAAGUUGUAGAAUGCAAAACUGCCACUGAUUUUGAUGUAACGAGAGAACAGUAGAAAAGCAUAAAGGUAGAACAGGUCUGGUCAUGAUGACAACCUGUCUGUCAGUAGAAAAUGAGAAAUUACACCUAUCAUUUAGUGAAUAACUGGUCCUCACACUAGGCUGUUUAAAGCAGAGGCCGUCUUCUCAAGACGGAUUCAUAAAUUUUAAUAUACUGUGUAUUAAAAAUUGGUUUGUUCUCAUAUAUAAAUUUAUAUUAUUAAACAUAACAAUUCUAUGUAUAAUUAGGUGUAGGUGAGGUUAGGUGUUUAGGUUCUUUUGGUAUUUAUUUGUACUUGAAGUAUGUGGGUGAAUCAUUUAUAGAAUUGGUUUGAACAGAGGACAUGAGCAAGCACUCGUUCCGGAAGUGUUCGGACGUCAUCAGUUGUGAGUCAAGUGUAAACCGCUUUUCAUUCAUAAAUGGCGGGUGGAUUAAUGAGCUUGGAUCUUUGUAAGGACGGGCUGAUUAAUUGUAUCUGAAGUACAGUAUGUGGAUGAAGCAUUUAUAACAUUGUGGUUCGAACAGAUGUCAUCAGCGAAGCACUUGUUCCGGAAGUGUUCAGACGUCACCUGUUGAUUCAUGUAUAAACAGUUUUUCAUUCAUAAACAGGGGGUUUGGCAGCUGGGUUAACGAGCAUUUGGCUUUGUCUAUGAAGAUGGUCUGCAGUGAAAUGGGGGAUAUGACUGUUUUAUGUAAGGGGUUAGACUUUCAAUGUUACCCUUAAUGUUAUCUUUCAGCGGUCAUUGGCGCCAACAUGACCAUACCACUUACUUUUUACUUUCGUAAAGAUCUUCACUGUACUGUAUGUGAUUAUUUUGGCAUUACAUUUACUUUUGCAUACAGAUUUCUUAGUUUUCAAUAUAUUAAAUAAAAAAUGUCCUUGUACUGUAUUUUCCCAACUUUUGAAAACAAAUGUCUCGUAAGAAAACUGAAGUAAAAUAUUUUUUUAUGCUCAUUGGGUGACAAUUUUGAAGAUAGCCACACUUACGCUAACUCAAUAUGAGGAUAUAAAAAUGCUACUAAAAGACCAUACUUUACUCGUAAAAAUAAAUGAGCAACACCUACA